AUGUGGGAGACGAUACCAUCAGUUACAUAUUUUCGUGAUGGUGGAAAAUAUAAAUCCGAAUAUAAAGAAUUAAUGAAAAUCAAUGGAAAUCAUGGCAAUCCAAUAUAUGAAUGGAUAAGACGAAAAAUUGGUUCACCAAUAAAAUUAUUAAGAAGUAUUAAUGAAACCAACGAAUUUAUUAUGAUCAAUAAUUUAGUUGCUAUCAUAUUUAUGAAAGAUUUAGAUGGAAAAAUAAUGACGAAUAUUAGUACAGUUGCUGAACAAGCUGAUCAUAUAGUAUAUGGCUUAGUUUAUAAUGAAACAAUUUUCGAUCAUUUCAACAUAACAAACCAAAGUUUAUUGUUAAUUAGAAAAGAGUCUGAAGAGACUGAGCCAUUUCGUUUAAUUUAUUCAGAUGAUUGGAAUAUUGAAUCAUUAGGUUCUUAUUUAUUUAUUGAAUCUUUACCAAUUGUUAAUGAAUUCCAAUUUGGUGAAUUAACUUACUUUGAUAGUGCUACAAUCAAAUAUGAUACAUAUUUAUUUCUGAUACAGUCUGAUUUUGAAUUUUCAUUAGCAUUAGAUAAUUAUCGAAAUGCUUGUAAACUAUUUAGAAAAGAGAUACGUUGCUAUUUUGUUGAUAUGGCAAAUGAAAUUAACUUGAAAUUUAGUCAGCAACACGGUGUUCAUGUUGGUUAUGGUUAUCCACGAUUUCAAUUAGUGGCUACUUCCAAAGAGAGGUCACGAAUUCGUUAUCGUCUGAAAGGACCUAAAUUUGAAUUUGGACGGAAAGGAUUUAAUAAUCGUGAUCUGUUGAAUAUGAUCGAAUCGCAAGAAAUUAUCAGCUUUUUUAACCAACUCUUACAGCGUAAAUUAUCACCUUACUAUAUAAGUGAAGUUGUACCAGAGUAUGAUGAAAACGUCAGUGAUGAUCAUGAAAAUAUGGGACAUAUUCCCUUGUCUUGUACGACUAAAACACCACCGAUGAAAUUAAAAUUUAUACAUAAAGUUGUUGGGGCAACAUUCAAAACAUUAGUAAAGAAUCCUGACUGGACAUCUGUUGUUUAUUUUACAGCCAAAUGGUGUAUGGGAUGUAAUCGAACAAUUCAUGAAGAAUUUACAAAACUAUCACAAUAUUAUCAAGAAGUUCAUCGAACCGAUUUAUUAUUUGGUUAUUCAUAUUAUGAUUUAAAUGAUUAUGAAGAAUUAACAGCUACUAAAAUGCCUCGAAUUAAAAUAUUUCCUAAACAAUCAAAUGAACAAAUCGAUUAUGAAGCGUACAGUCAAAUAAUGCAGUCAAUUCUUCGUGAUCUUGUUAUGCAUGCUGAAAUAAACAGUUGUACAACAGAAAAUUAUCGUCAAUCACAGAAAUGUUCUGAAUACAAUUUAGAAAAUUGA